ACACAUUGCUGGAUCUCAAAGUCUGAAGAGAUUGCAGUCAGAUUUUUUAGAGUUAAGUCACUCAGUCAGUAUAUUGUACUAUACCCACCCCCCCACCUCACAUCUAAUGUUUAUUAUAUGUAACACAUUAAGUGGACCCCACAUCACUAAUUUUCAAUUCCAUGGCUGCUUUUGCUUAUCUUCCAUUCACUAAGAAAAUUGCAGAAAAAAAGGGUUUUCAUUCUUGUGUGUGUCCCCUCAUUGACUCUUUUCAUAACCAAACACAAAAAACACCAAAAGUGUUUGGUUUAAUUAUGCACCAAAAUACAACCAAGUUAGAGUAUUCAACACUUCAUGUCACACAUCUUAUUCUAUCCUUUUUAUUUAUAUAUCUAUAAGCCCUAGCUAAGAUAUAGUAUAAUUCAACUUCAUAUCAUAUAGCUUUUGAUUAUAAUUUCUUUAUAUAUAAACAACUAGGGUUUUGUGAUCUUUGUAUCAAUGGAACAGGAUCAAUGUUGGAUACAAUUACAAACAAAGAGAAAGUACUCAAUGAGUAAUUCAAAUCUUGUUAACCCUUCUUCUUCUUCUUGUUAUGGUGAUUCAUGGGAAGAACAAGCUUUUGCUGAAGAUGCAGCUGGAGUUUCACUUGGUGGAUGUAUAUGGCCACCAAGAUCAUAUUCUUGUAGCUUUUGUAGAAGAGAGUUUAGAUCAGCACAAGCAUUAGGUGGUCAUAUGAAUGUUCAUAGAAAAGAUAGAGCAAGAUUAAAAGAAUCUUCUUCUAGUCCACAAAAUGAAAAAAUUCUUUAUCAUCAUCAUCAUCAUGAACUUGAUCAAAAUCAUCUUCAAAAGCCAAUUAUUCGAAGUGCUAAUUCUUUGGCUUAUAAUAACUUAUUCCCUAAUUCUCCUCUUUGUGGUUUGGUUUAUAAAACUAAUAACCCUAAUUAUGAUCUUGAUCAUUUUGUUGCUUCAACUUCAUCACCCUCACCUUCUAAAGCUUUAUUAAGAGAUGAAACCCUAAUUCCAUUUUAUGAUUCUUCUAUUCCUCAUAAGAUGAUUUCUCCUCUUAAUUCUUCUGAAUCGUGGCGGAAUUUAUCUGCGGAUGAUAGAUUAUGCUCAACAAAUUUUCAAAUUGAAGUUGAUAAUAUUCAUGAAAAAGUCUCCAAGGGAAUUAUGGAUUCUACGUUUAGAGGUAAAGGAGGUAACAAUGAUGAUGAUGAAAGUGAUGUAGCUAUGAGCUUGAAUUUGGUUUUGUGUAGAGCUAAUCCAUUUGUGGAAUUUGAAAGUACUAAGAAGGAAGAAGAUUUAAAUUGUAAGAAGAGGAAGAAAAUAGAUUAUUCCACAAAUCUAUUAUUCUCAAAGUCAAGUUCUUUUGAUAGACACCAACUUAUGCAAGCAAACAUGUUUGAGCUUAACCCUAAUUCCAUUGAUGAGCUAGAUCUGGAGUUAAGACUUGGUACAAAGUCCAAGGUAUAGUUUAGUAGCAUAUAUAAAGAAAAUUCUUCAAUUUUCUUAAUGAAUAUAGAUUUUUCUUCACUUAUAUGUUCAUAGUUUGUUUUGUUGUUUGUUUAUUUAUUUUUCUUAAUUUUCUUUACCCUAGAAGAGUACAAGGAAGCUUUUCAUCAUGUUUGAUUUGUUUUUUUCUAGAGGGUUCAGUUUCAGAUAUCUGCAAAGUUGUAUGUCAUGAUAACAUUUACUGCAAACUAUAUACACAGGCUUUUGUAAACUUCUUCUUAGAUAUAUAAUGUGUCCAAAAGUU